UCCCCGUCAGCCACCAGCCAGCCGGGUCGCCGGCGGGCGCCAGGCCGCCCGGAUGCCUGAGCCAGGCCCCAGGAUGAACGGCUUCUCGCUGGGAGAGCUGUGCUGGCUCUUCUGCUGCCCGCCCUGCCCGAGCCGCAUCGCCGCCAAGCUGGCCUUCCUGCCGCCCGAGCCCACCUACACUGUCCUGGCGCCCGAGCAGCGCGGCCCCGGCGCGCCCUCCACGGCCCCGGCUCCGGCUCCGGCAGCUGCGGCCCAGCCGGCGCCGCAGCAGCCUGAGGAGGGCGCGGGCGCGGGGCCCGGCGCGUGCAGCCUGCACCUGAGCGAGCGCGCCGACUGGCAGUACUCGCAGCGCGAGCUGGACGCCGUCGAGGUCUUCUUCUCGCGCACCGCCCGGGACAACCGGCUCGGCUGCAUGUUCGUGCGCUGCGCGCCCUCCAGCCGCUACACGCUGCUUUUCUCUCACGGCAACGCCGUGGACCUGGGCCAGAUGUGCAGCUUCUACAUCGGCCUCGGCUCGCGCAUCAACUGCAACAUUUUCUCCUACGACUACUCGGGCUACGGCGUCAGCUCAGGCAAACCCUCCGAGAAGAACCUCUACGCCGACAUCGAUGCCGCGUGGCAGGCGCUGCGCACCCGGUAUGGCGUAAGUCCAGAGAACAUUAUCCUCUACGGUCAGAGCAUUGGGACUGUCCCCACUGUAGACUUGGCCUCACGGUAUGAGUGUGCUGCUGUCAUUCUCCACUCCCCUCUGAUGUCUGGUCUGCGUGUGGCUUUUCCGGAUACCAGAAAAACCUACUGCUUUGAUGCGUUCCCCAGCAUUGACAAGAUAUCUAAAGUCACAUCUCCUGUGUUGGUCAUUCAUGGUACAGAAGAUGAGGUCAUCGACUUCUCCCAUGGCCUGGCGAUGUAUGAGCGCUGCCCCCGAGCCGUGGAGCCUCUCUGGGUAGAGGGAGCUGGGCAUAAUGACAUAGAGCUUUAUGCACAAUACCUGGAAAGACUAAAACAGUUUAUAUCUCACGAACUUCCUAAUUCCUGAAGACAACAACGCGAUCUUACCUCAUUUACUGUGAACAGAAGAGUCCUCUGUUUUGCACAUGCUUUAACUGGAUAGCUAACUGGCCCAUAACCACAAAGAAGUGCCCACCUUUAGGGUGCUCUGAUCAAAGAGGUGAACAGACCUCAAUCUUUUGUAUUAAGAGGUUGUUCUACCCAAUUCCCACAAUACAUUAAACUGAGCAGCCGUGAUUCCCAGCUUCGUUACCUACAGGAAUGGGAAUGAGAGCUGAGUGUGGGGAACAUUUUCUAGUGCUGUAUAAAGUGUGCUCUCAUCUGUUUCAUGCCCUUGCCCAUCAUUUCUCAUUCAUUGAUGCAGGACUUGUCCCUCUCUUCCCCAAUGUGCUCAACAUUUGAUAUGUGGAUCUUUCUCAGCCACUGGAUUUACCCAUUUGUGAAGCUGUGGUGGUGUAACUGGAAAACCACUGUGGUGGCAAUCCUUUUAUUAAUUUUUGUUAAUGUGCUGAUCUUUCCCCAAACACAUAAGUUGAAGGGUGAUUUACUGGAACUAUCACGAGCAGCUUCAUCAACUGUAACAAUAUAAAUAUAACUGGAAAAUUCUUAAGCAAAAGGAAACUGGGGGUUUUUUUAAGUGUAAAUUUAUUACUAGCCAACAGAGUUUUAAUAUUUUGAUUGUCUGGUUGGUCUAUCAAAGAGCCUA